CACGAGGACGCCAGUGCGGCUGUGGGCCGACAGUGAGGCGUUUCCAGCUCAGACGACAGCUCGUGCAGCUUGUUUGGUGAGAUCUCCAGCGAAGAGCACCCGUGCGGGCCGCCCCGAGCCACCUCCUGCGAGCAGCACAGAUUUCCUGGCAGGAACCUUGCGCAGCCAAAGAGACACGAUGGCGACCCAAGAACAGCAACAAAACGACGAGCCCGUCCUUGAGACGGCUGAGGACACCGCUAGGGUCUCGAAUGCUGUGGACUUACUCAUGGAUUUGUGUGCGGAGAGAACCAACAAUCAUGACGAGACCGCUCUAGAUGUGGUAGCUCAUGUCGGCGCGGAGGUGCGGGCCAUGGCCGCGAAGGUCGCGGCGACCAUCAAGUCGAAGGCGCACGCGUCAGUAGCCGUCGAGGACUUGCAAGCUCUGCACGCCAGAGCCAUGUCGGCCCUCGAGACGGCCGGCAUCCCUUCGUCAAUGGAGAAAGUAGUAGCCAAGCUCCAGGCAGCCCAAGAGGAGGAGCCCGCCGUCGCCAUCGUAGAAGAGAAGCCUCCUGUGAAUGAUGACGACCAGUCCACGUCACGAGGUGUCGCCUUCUUGAAGGACGUCGAGGCCAUGCACUCGGCGCCGUCCGGUGAACUGCGCGAGGCGGCCACAAGACGAGUGUCCCUCACGUUUUCCGGUACUGACCUGUGUGGAAAUCAAAUGUCGCGGCGCAUCUCGCGGUGUCGAUUCCUCGCACGCGACACACUGGUUGAUUUCCACACAGGUAAUGAUGCACCCUUGCGAGCGGCCGCCACAAGGUUAGGCGCGCUCGGCGCUUUAGCUAAAGCGCAUGAAGCAGCGGAACAGGAGGGCAACACGGAGGUGGCCAUUUCCGCGGCGCGAGCGGCGGCCGCGCUAGUACCCUCGGAAGCGGAGCCCUUACAUCUCGCCGCGUUAGCCUCACCUACGCUGAAGAUGCUCCGGUUAGUCUUGGAACAGUCGACAGAUUGCACCACAAGUACCCAUCAAGUAGCCGUAGCGAUCGCCCACUUGACGGUACUCUUACAACAAGGGUGGACCGAGGAUAAAGCGCAACCUCGCGUGUUAGAGGCGUUGGUCGCCGCGACCUGCGAUGCCGCACGGGCCUGCUCCCAUGGACUAGGCGAGUGCUGCGAUUCGGAGACGGCUGCCGUCACGGCCUUUGCCGUUUCAAACUUGGCGGCUUUAUCUGGCGCUCGAGUGGAGCUCGUGAGACAAGGAGCUAUUUCCGUAUUAGCCAAUUGGCUGGAAGCGCGACCUCUCUCAGAGCUCCACCGCCACGCGUCCUCGGCGGCGCAGCAGUUAGCCGGCGCGGGCGACGAAGGCAAGGCCGGGCCUUCGGGAUAUUUGGAGAUGAGAGAUGAAGAUGUUUUUGCGAGAGGGUGGCUCGACGCGAAGCUCACGGACGCUUCAUUGGGUUUAUUGAAGGCCCUGUCUGGAUUGACACAAGACGACUCGGCCGUGGCUGCGGUAAGAAAGCAAACUAUUACUGCUUUGUCAGAACUCUCGAAGCGACCACCCAACAGAAGAGCAGUAGUAGAAGCAGGCGGGUCCUACGCUCUACUCCACUCACUGAGAAGAUGCGUUUCUGAUCUCAGCGCCCCGGCUAGACGCCACGAAGCCGCUGAUCUAGCUUGUAGAGCGUGCACGGCGUUAGCGGCAAUAGCCCUGGAACCUUCACCAAGUGGCGACCGAGUCUCGGCCGAUCUCGUUGACGGCGACGUCCUCACACCAGUAGUGGCGUGUCUAGCCCUAGCCGCACCGCGAUCACCUUUGAGACUAGCCGCCGCGCGACUCGCAGCGAGGGUCUCGGAGGAUGACCUCGACGCGAAGAGAUCCCUCGCCUUCUUCCAAGGCGGAGGCCUCGGAGACAUGGAAAUUCAACCGGUCGACGCCUUACUCGUGUUGGGUGGAGGUUUGGACCAUUCCGAUGAUGGUGGUUCGAUACAAAAGCCGCAGACGCCGCGCUGGGGCCGCGGGCGAAGUGAGUCAGUUCCACAAGAGCACGAGCCGGGGGCCUUUCGGCGGCCGGACGCGAGGGAGGCGGCGCACGUGGCCUAUGCUCUCGCGAAUCUGGCGGCGCGGCCGGAUCCCGCGUCCAAGCUGUUGUGGGAGCGCGGCGCGUUACCCGUGUUGCUGCAGCUACACAGAUCGCCACGAGCGCCGUUGCGAGCGAGGGCGAUGCGCGCGCUAGCUUCCUUAGCGGCUCCCUUAGUAGCCCAUCCGGCCAGAGACCAAGAUAGAGAUGUUGAUGAUCAUGCCUCAGCAGCAGCUGCCGUCACGGUCGCGAAAGCCGCUCUAGCUACGCUGAGAGACGAAGACACCAGCAAUGACACGGAGACCCAAGCGUUUAGGAAAGAGGCGACCUACGAGGCCGCGAGGUGCGUGAAGAACCUCGCCUUUGCGGCACCUCUAAGGGCAGCAUUAGUGGCUGGUUCUCUGAAGAGGUUACUCGCCGUCGCGGUGGGCGGCUGCGCGGAACCUAGACUAAAGGCACUAGCGGAGGCUACGCUCGUAGCGCUGGGCUUGGAAGGCGGCGCCGCCGAUUUGGAGCUCUGCGGCAACGACGCUCGUCUGUUAGAAGAGUGGGUUGAAAUGAGGGCUUCCUUAGAAGCCCAACGAGGCCUCGAGCAGGACUACGGGAGGGCUCUCAAAGACGCCUGGUCACCCGGUGAAGAUCUGAGUGAUGAUGGGAGUGACGAGGAACCUACGUCAGAGAAACCGGCACCUCUCGAUGUGUUUGCGGGGAAGCUCAGAGAAGUACUGUUGAAUCCGCACGGCGCGGCCCUCAAAUUAGCCGAACUCAAAGCGGGCGGGUUGUUUCGAUGUACGUCCGUCGAUCCCUACGACGAGCGCGUCGUCAGUGAACCACAGAGGCCUCGUUCACCCAUCUCGAAGCCUUCUCCGUUGGCACCGACCGCGUUAGUUGCAAGACUAUCCUCAGCACCGGGCACGCCCCUGCCGUCGACACCCUUGGCGCAGGAGGGCCAGAACUCCGAAAAGCUCUUCCGACACGUCCGGUCGACGUCCUCAGCCUCGAACACCGUCGAGGACGAGGAGGAGUCGUUCGUGACGGCGGCGACGCGCCUGCCGCGGUGGUGGGCUUCCGAGCGACGCGCGAGGCAGUCCUCUGAUGAGACUACGCCACCACCCACCCCGCUAGCUACACGUAAAAGAAGACGACGAGCGGCGGACCGCGGCGUGACCUCGAAAGACGUCCAGGUGUUUCUGGAGCGGCACUUUCCGUCCGUGUUGCAACGCCAGCAGGUGGCUCCAUUUAGUCAUCCUGGUUGUUCUGAUUCUUGGUUACGAGCGCUAGCUUUGCCUAGACGGCAAUAUUUCUCGUUUCGGAGAGAAGCACGAGUGCUAGGCAAGUUGCUGGAGCAGGACGGCCAUAGUAAAUAUGGUGCGGUCUUCCGCGAUUCGACCUUUGCGGGAGAGUUCUGCGAAUCGCUCGGGAGUUUUCUCGCAAGGCAGCCCAAGGUGUCGUCCCUGGCGUUUGUCGCUUCCCUAGGCGGCCUGCCGGGUGCGGCCCUAGAUGACUCUACGACGGUCGGGUUGUUCCACCAAAAUCCCCAACCCAAUGAAUCAGCACAACGUACAACAGCUCUGGCUUAUCUCGUGGGCGCUCUACCUUUGUCUGUUGAAAGUGUUACGCUGGAUCGAGCUCUUGGUAGAGAUGGUCUCCAAAUCCUCGGGAUAUUGCUACGAACGGCGGAAGAGAGAAGACGAGCAGCGUUGAGAGAUAAUAACAUGUCCAUCGCGGGCCCCGCGCCGUCCUUGUUAGCGGUACGGGGCCACGACCACCUGCAGCCGGAUGAUUUUGCGUCUUUGGCUUUGUACGUCGGGGCUUGCGUCAACGAAUCCUCCACAAGAUUACGGUGUCUCAUAGCGUUGGACCUGCACGGCAACCGGCUGGGCGACGCUACUGCUGCAGCAUUUGUCCGCGCGCUCGAUCGCGACGAUUCUCCCAUACAAGCGCUAGAUUUAGGUGCCAAUUCGUUGGGCCCGGCCAAGGCCACGCUGGACGCCCUGAUCGGGAAACAAGAUGACGACCGGGACGUCCCGCCUAAAAGAGGCUGCGUCUUAUGCCGAGGGACGCUGCGGACUUUGUCACUAGCGGCGAAUUCACUAGGUCCGCGGCCGGCGGCGCGCUUACUAAGAGCGUUGGGUGAACGAUCUCCAGCACCUUCCUUGCGAAGCUUAUCUCUCAAACAUAGUUCGUUCGGCCCGCCCUGCGGGUUAGGCGCCCUGGCUUCACUAGCGACAGCACUGAAGCGCGUCGCGGCGAAAGGUGCGCUCGAGGAUUUGGACCUAGAUGGCUGCCGCCUCCAACCAGAUGCCGCUCGGGAGAUUCUGAGUGGACUUAGAGAACGCGCGGGCGACGACGCGUACGCCGAGGCCUCGGGCGAGCGUUUGAACGGCUUGACCUUCGUGCGGCUGAGCGAGGGCAACCAGGUCCACCGCGAGGACGCGCUGGCCAUCUCCAAAGAACUGAGAAGAGCGCGAGCCAGGUCCGCGGCGCGGUUUCCUGUGCAACCGGCACCCAUACCCGAAAAAGAGAAUCCGCCGCCGCCGCCACCACAUGUACCGAUGAAGUCGUCGCCCGCAAUCGUGCGCUCGGAGGGAGAUCUAAUACAGCGACGGGCCGCGUCGUGGACCGCAGGUUCUCCGAGAACAGUUCCAUCGAUCGAGUCUCCUCGGUCGACAGCAACGCCUCUCGUAGCUUGUCUCUUCGCCUCGCCCCUGGCCUGGCAGGACUCGCACGGCAAGCUCCAUGGGAUUGAGGGGCUAGAUGGAGAUGCCGAGCGCGAGGCCAUUGCCAAAGCUCUGGAAGAGCGGCGCUCGAACGAGGACCAGCGGGAGCGGGUUAUUGUUGAUUUCAGAGCGGCGACGACGGAAGCCCUACAAGCUGCUCUCACGUCGGGCGUGCGCGUGCUGCAUUACUCGGGCCACGGCCACCCGCAGUGCCUCACCUUCGAGGACGGGCGCGGGGGUUUGCAGCCCGUGCCGCCGCGGCGACUCGAAGCUCUGGUGCGACCGCGGCCGCCUGCUUUGGCGGUGGUGUGUGCUUGCCAUUCGCUACGGGCGGCGCAAGCGCUGGUCGCCGCGGGCGUCAAGCACGUCGUCGCUGUCAGUCUAGAUGAGCCUCUGCUGGACGCGGCCGCCGUGGCCUUCACUAGAGCGUUUUAUCACGCUUUGUCAGUGGGCGAUAGUGUACGGAGGGCCUUCGACGGCGGCGUGGAAGCAGUGGCCGCGUCCCCAAGAGUAGGACCUGACUGGGCCUCGAAGUUCGAAUUACUCCCGGAGGACGGCGACCACACGGCCAAAGUAUUGCCUCGUUCACUCAUGAGACGGAAAGUGUUAGUACCAGCACCUCCCCCGGGACCACCACCCAGAUGGCCUCCUAGAGCUACCUUAUCUCAAAAUGCCCCGCGACCGCCCGAAGAUUUCCUAGGGAGAGAGGUCGACGCAUUUAAAGUACUAGACGCUUUACUGGCGAGGAGAAGGAGGUUCGUGUCAUUAGUAGGGCCCGUCGGAGUGGGCAAGAGCGCCUUGGCCGCUUUUGUGGCGGAGUAUGUGGACGCGAGAGCGUUGUUCCGGGCCGUCGUCUUCCUCAAGGUCGAUUCAAACGCGUCGCGCGAAUCCUUGGAUGCAUUAUUAACGGCUUCACUACUGGACGCGUUCUUCGACGACGACGGCGAAGGCAAGACGCUACUCGUGUUGGAUGGCGGUGCGGACAAUGGGGAAGUCAAGCGGUUCCUGGCCGCGGCACUGGACGCGCGCGAUCGACUGGUGGUGCUCUCGACGCGGAAGGUCGGGUUGGAUCGGCCCUCGGAGCACGAGGUGCCGCUCGGGCCCCUCGACUUAUCGAAUGCUGCUAGAUUAUUCGCGCGCCAGUGCCCGCGCUUGCACACGGCGUCUGAUCGUCGUAGGUUCCACGCGCUCGUGACGUCGGCGGACCUGCAAGGUGCUCAUAGCGUUAUUCUGGACGCUUUGCUCGGCGGGCUGCCGGGCGCGAUCGUCGCGGCGGCGUUCCGAGCGUCGCGGGAAGAUCUUGAAGGAUUGCUGGCGGUGGCGCGGGAGUCGGGGAGCGCCCACGUCGUCGCCGUCGGCGACCACCCGCUCCUCGCGGGGCACAACACGCCGCUCUGAUUGUAUCUGUGACACAUAA